UAUAUACAAUUUUUACAUUUCCCCCCUUGCAGUCUUCUUCACGUUUCAACCAUUGUAAUGACACAGUGAUUCGUAAGUAAUUUCAACAAAGUAUUUUUAUCAGUUAAUCUCAAAAUCAAGUCAGGUGUUAGAUAAUAAAUUAAACUUUCUGUAGAAUGGUUGCAACAGAUGCCGUCAAGGUCAAAACACCCAAAAAGAAGAGUUCAGUUAAGAAAAAAGAUAAGCUGAAAGGAACUGAAAGUGCAAAGAAAACAAAAGCUAAAACAGAAAAGUCUGUAACCUUUGAAGAAGGCACGACACCAACGUCUGUGGUUUCGUUGAUUGAGAGUAUAAGACGGGAGACAGAUGCUAAGGCCCAAAAAGAAAUAGCAGAGUUACCUAAUUCUGAGAAUGUUGCAGACUUAGAAACCAGCGAUCAAGAAGAAAUCGAGGAGGAGAUUACCGACACAGAUAAGCAUAGCAGCCUGUUGAAGAAUUUUGGAGUCGAGGAGAGGAAGAAAAAAAUAAAAGAAAAGACUCUGCCUGUUGAACCAAAGGAGAAGGAGCUGGAUGGUAAAGUAACGAUAAGUGACCUGAUCAGCAGCGCAAGUAAAACGGAAGGAUUAAAAGCCGUUCAGCAGUUGUUGGAUUCGGGUAACGAUGCUAAAACAUUGGAGGAGCCCUUACCAAGGUUCCAACAAGAUCAGGCUGAGCGUGAAGUAAACUACGACAAAAGCAAGAAAGAAGUUAGCAAAUGGUUACCGCUGGUAAAGAGGAACCGAGAAUCAACUCACAUGAGUUACCCGCUCUAUCACACCCAGAACACAAAAGGGAAAGAGGACUUGUCCUCCUUCGCUAAUAAGAAGAAGAAACCGUCCGGGAAGCUGGAGGAGGAGAUCUACGAAGCACUUGCAGCUGAUGCCCACGUGGUGGAACGCCCCGACCACUUUCUCACUGAGGCUGAGGAGAAAUCCUUGGAGGAGCUUAACGCUGAGGAGGCUGAAGUGAGAAGAGAGGAGCUCAGUAAAAUGAGGGCUCUGCUUUCAUAUCAGGAGGAAAAGUUCAGACGCAAGAAUAAAAUCAAGAGCAAAAAGUAUCGCCGUGUUUUGAAGAAGGAGAGGCAAAAAAAGGAAGAAAAGGAGCUUUCUGACGCUCUAAAAGCUAAUCCUGGUGUUGCAGGAGACGAGGCGGACAAGGCAGACUAUCUGAGAGCGUUGGAGCGAAUCAGUCAGAAACACAAAGUUGGCGGGAGGUGGAACAAGAACCUGCUUCACAAACAGAUCAGAGAUCCGGCUUUGAAAGAAGCGAUGAAAGAACAGCGACAGCACCGACAACAGCUGAUGGAGAAGCAGGUUAUAUCUGAUGACGAGGACGAGGAGAUUGGAAGAGCGGCUGAAGAUGGAAAUCAGGAGCCGGUUAUGGAGCCGGAGGAAGAAAAGGAGCCGGAGGAGGAGUUUGAGGUUGACGCUAGUAACCCCUGGUUGGUGGUGGGAGGUGCUCUAUCAGGUCAAACAGAACUUCCUAGAGUACCAGCUGAAGAAACAGCUAGUAUCACACUAGAGGGUGAACGUGAGGCAUCAGAAGUGGGGGAAGAGAAGAGUUUAGAAGAAACAACAGAAGAAAACGAAGAAGAGAGUGGUUCAGAAGACGGGGAAGACGUAAGCAGUGACGAAGAAGAAGAAGAAGAAGGAGAUGGUAAGAGCCGCCCCAGUAAGGAGUCCACUAAAGAGAAAGAGGUCCCUAGUAAAGGGGCAGUGAUAGUAAAAAUUGUUCCAAGUCUGGACCAGGAGAUGCUGGUUGAUAUGGCGUUUGCUAAUGAUGAUGUGGUGGCGCAGUUCAAAGAGGAGAAAGAGAAGACGGUGGAUCAGGAAACAGAAAAGGACCUUGACAUAACCCUGCCUGGUUGGGGUAGUUGGGGUGGUUUGGGUACCAAAGACAAGCCCAAGAAGAAGAUCAUCAAGGCAGCAGCUCCCUCGGCUCCCCGUAAAGACGCGGGCCUUGAUCACGUGAUCAUUAAUACCAAGAAAAACAGAAAACUUCAACCUCAUUUGGUGAAGCACCUACCACAUCCCUACAAGAGUAGAAGUGUAUUUGAGCGGGAAAUGAGACAGCCUAUAGGACCUCAAUGGAACUCUAUUCGCUCCUUCAGAAAUAUGAUCAAACCCUUAGAAUCAACAGUGGAUGGUAUGGUUAUAGAACCUAUGACUGCUCCAAAGGGAUUUGAUAAAGUGAUGAUUAGAGGGAAGAGGAAAGCUGUUGGCAGCUGAAUAUUUGAUCGGGUUUUUUAAUUAAUUUAUUCGAUGAAGGGGUUGAAAAUGUUCAACAUUUUAAGUCUAUUUAGUACUGUUUGUUCUAACUUUCUGACUACAUUUUAUUUUAAUUGAGAGAGAUUUAGGCUAGAUACCCCUCCCCCCCCCCCCCAAAUAAUUGAAUUUUACAUGUCUGAAAUAUCGCUCCUAAAAUCAGCCGAUCGAGUUUUCACCUUUGAAUACUUUGUGUUGCCGUACCCAAACACGCAAGUCUGAUAUCCCCUACACCUAGACAGUAUGUCAGAUAAGCACCUUGUUAUUAUCGAGAUGUUCUGCGGAGGUUCCCACAAGCAACUGAUCCACCACCUCCUCUCCCUGGCUCCAGACACCACCCUGCUCACCCUCUCCGACAAGAAGUGGCACUGGCGGGCCCGGUGCGGGGCUCUACAACUGCUGCCCCAACUUCAGACCAUCUCCCGUCCUGUCACCACUCUCUUCAUGACCUCUGUGGGGAGUUUGCCUGAAGUAGUGGGGUUGUGCCCUCAGUUACAGGAUGCUAGGAAGGUCCUGUAUUUUCAUGAGAAUCAGCUGGUAUACCCCACUCAGAGUGAGAGAGAGAGAGACUAUCAGUUCGGCUACACUCAGAUAAUGUCAGCUCUAAUGGCGGACCUGAUCCUGUUUAACUCCUCUUACAACCUCAACUCAUUCCUGGGCACGGUGGACUCCUUCCUCAAUAAGAUGCCUGAUUACAAACCUAAAGGUGUUGCGGAACUAAUCAGGGGGAAGAGUGAAGUGUUGUAUUUCCCUGUUGAGUUUCGGUUACAGGGGAGGCAGGUUAGGGACCCUAAAGUGCUGCACAUAGUCUGGCCUCACCGUUGGGAACAUGAUAAGAACCCUGUAGAUUUCUUUAAUUCCUUAACUAGUCUCAUUUCCUCUGGACUUGACUUUAAGGUGUCCGUACUGGGCAAAACUUAUCAAGAUGUCCCAGACAUAUUCAGAGAAUUCCAGAGCUCCCACCCUGAUUAUAUCACCCAAUGGGGACCCCUAGAUUCUCGUGAAGACUACCUAACCCACCUUGGAACAUGUGAUGUUAUAGUCUCUACAGCUGACCACGAGUUUUACGGAGUAGCAAUGCUAGAGGGGCUAUGGGCGGGAUGCUACCCUCUAGCUCCUAACAGACUAUCCUACCCGGAGAUAUACCCACCAGAGUGUUUGUACAACACCCCGGCUCAGCUCACUAAGCAACUCCGACAGUUGUGUAGGAACCCUGGGUUAACUAGGAGGAAGUGGGAGAGGGUGAUGGGUCAGGUGGAUAUGUCGCGUUAUUCGUGGGAGGGCCUCAAAGAUAGGUACUGUGAGAUGUUGAGCAUUGGGUGAAUGUUUGUUGUGCUACUCUUUUAAAUUACAGGGCGUUCAAUCUUUAACUUAUUUCAUGAUGUUUCAAGAUUUAUAACAUGCAUGCAGUUUCUUA